UGCGCUCCAAUGCAACCGUCGGCUUGAUUUGUGUUUACCUUUUUUACUUUCCAAACAAAUUUUACGAACGUUCACCUCAAACUACUCGCUGAAGUGUUCAAAAAUGCCUAAAUCGCUAUUUGGUGGCAGCAAUAUGCGCAUUAGCUGGUGUGUUUGUUUUUCCAUUCCCCGUCCUAGCAUGGUCACCAUGGUAACUUGAGGCUGGCAACACACCGACCAUCGCAGGGUCAGCUCCAUCGCAACCCUCGGCCAGUGCGGACAAAUCAAUAAUGGCGUUCCGGGAUGUACGAGAUCUGGCGGAGCAGCUGAAGCUUCUCGGCUACCCGAAUAGCAUACCGAUCUCCGUGCUCAGCACACCGUACGGUGGGCCGGAAAGCUUCAAAGCGUACUCGGACGUGCUGCAGUGGCUGAUCAACCGGCUCGAGCCGAACCUGGUGCUGGCGGGCGGAACCCGCACCGAGCAGGAGCGCAUCCAGUUCGUCCGGUCGGCGACCGAGUUCCUCGUGACGCGGUCCAGCAUCAAGGUGAACCCGCGCAAGCUGUACGCGAGCUCGGUGGCAGCGGCCAAGGAGCUGCUGAAGGUGACGGCCCUGCUGCUCUCCUCGCCCAAGGUGACCGGGCAGGAGGAGGAGCUGAUCAAGUCGCACGUCGAGAUCGACCUGUCGGACAAGCUCGACGAUCUGAAGAAGGUGCGCGGCCUGUCGUCCGAGCUGACGAACCGCGGGGCCGCCCUGUACGAUCUGCUGCAGAAGGAGCUGCUCAACCGGGAGGUGCGGAACGUGCAGUCGACCCGCUCGCUCGAGCUCGGUGCCACGGAGAAGAUCAUCAAGGGUGCGAUCGGGUCGCUGCAGUCCCGGCUCGCCAGCGCCCGGGCCGCGCUCGACGGGCUGCGGGCGGACAACGCGAACCUCGCGGCCAAGAGCGCGCGCAAAGCGUCCGAGCUGGAGCGGUCGCGCCAGCGGCUCCAGGCGCUGCAGAAGGUGCGGCCCGCCUACCUGGAGGAGUUCGAGAAGCUCGAGCAGGAGCUGAAGGCCCUGUACGAGCAGUACAUCGUGCGGAUCCGGUGCGUCGACGCGCUGCGGUCGCAGCUGAUCAGCAAGAAUCGGACGCCCACGCCGACGUCGCCGGUCGCGCGGAUCGCCGACAGCAGCAUGACGAUCCUGCCCGAGGGGCUGAUCGAGUCAGAGGACGAGAACGAGGAGGAGGACGACUUUGACGAGCGGGACGACGUGAAGCUGCGGACGGAUCGGCGCGUGCUGCGCAGCGAGCUGCUGAACCGGGAUCACCGCGGGUCGACCCGGUUCCGGUCGCGCAUCGAGGGCGCCUCGCCGAGCGGCAAGGAGCGGUCGAAGAUGAUCGGCAGCAUCGAGGACGAGCUGGGACCGCUCGACAGCUCGAUGAGCUCGGAGGAGUCGGAAAGCGAGCUCGAGAUGGGCGGCAAUCGAUUGAUCGAUGGCAGCCUCCGCACCGAUGACGACGAGGACGAAAGCUUGGCUAAAAUGCCCCGCGAAAGCUCCACCAUCAACCGGAGCGCCAAGGUGGACCUGAGCGAUGAGGAUUUUUAGAGUUUUUUUUUUUUUUUAAUGGAAUCGCUUUCCCGUUUCGGACACUCAAAACCAGUGCUGCAAAAGGUCACUGUCAAUGUCAUGAAAAAAUCUGACUGGAACAAAAUUCAUGUCAUCGUCACGUACUCAAUAGUGAUCAGAGGUGAUACUCAAAAUGAUUGGUGUGAUCAAUGUAUGCUUCGUGACAUUUUUGCGACACAACGCUUGGUCAGUCAUUAUGUCAUGUCUUUUUUUUUUGCUGUCAUCAAUUCUCCAAUAUGUCACUGACAUAGUUGUGACAAAUUCUGGCUGAAUCAAAUUCUUGUCAGCAUCACCAGCUCUACUGUGAUGAUCAGAGGUGAGACUCAAACAGUUGGUGCGACCAUCACAUGCUUGGUGACAUUGUGUGCAACCAACACUUGGUCAGUCACUUGGUCGCGACAUUUUCAGUCGGUUAUCAUCCCGAUAGUUAUCGGAGUGGUUGCAAGAAACAAAUUGAGCAUGUUUUCUCGCUCUGUGUGACCCGAGAGACAAUCAAACCUGACAGAGCGAGAAAGCAUGUUCAUUUUGCUGCUUGAGACCACACGCUGAUUAUCAUUGGUAGAAAAUGUCAUAACCAAGUGAGUGAUCAAGAGUUGAGUGCUAAACAAAAUGUCAUCGAAUAUGUGAUUAAUCCAUCAACUGUUUGAGUCUCAUCCCCUGAUCAUCUCAGUUGUGUACGUGAGCUGAUUUGAGCUUCGUUUCAGUCAUGACUGUUGGUGACUGUAACGGUGGUAUUUGGCAGCAUUGUUAACAAUCAGAAAAAGUCAUGAUUAUGCUUGUGACGGCGUUAAGCUUAGCUUGUGAGUCAGAGUAUCGCGGUUGACUUAAGCACUCGCAUUUCGUGUUCGGCAUGUCAUGACGCAUAUUCAUCGAGUAUCAGCAAUGAGCAUCAAGCUACCACGGAUAUGUUGAUUGUUUUCA